GGACUUAGUAAACUGUUUUUUUGAUAGGCUCUCCAUCCCGAAUUAUUUUAUUGCAGCUGUAUUCUAUGUUGGAAGGGAGAGAGGCUGUAAUACUAGUGUAAUUCUCGCGUGCUCCACGUUUGGUGUCGUUCAAGCAUCAUUUUGUUGGGCCCACAAGACUGAAGGAAACGUCACUCUGACGCAGGGUUGUGGGGGAGAUUAGCUGUCCUGUGGGAACCAUUUUCCAAGGAUAAUACUAUUCCUGGGGCCAUCUCUAGGGAUGGGCGGUAAAGCUAGAAUCCUUCUCUCGGCUUUGACCUUGAGGGAGUCAGAGAGUGGUUCCCAUGGAAGGAAGGCUGUCCCCUUAUCAGAAAGACAGGCCUGGGGCCAGGAGGAGGAAGCUGGAGGAAGGGGACAGCCACGUUGUUGGCCUUUGGGGACAAGAGAGCAGUCUUCAGACACGAUGGGGAAAGAGGCCGCGUCUGCGAGCCCCGGGCGCGAGUCAGCGCGGGCGGGCUCCGGCCUGGGGCUGGGUAAGCAGGGCUGAUUUUCCGUUUCUGUGCCACCGUUGUGUAUUUCCCUUCUGCGUCCCCCUGGGUGCAGGAGUCUUUCUCGAAAUACCGGAGGGGGACCAAGGGAAUGACUUUAUUUUCCGUGCUUAGAGCUUUAAAGCGGAAACGAGAAAGCCCCGGGGGCAGUGAGGUGGUAGCAGUGGUGAUCACAGAAUGAGCCUCCAGGCCAGGGCUGUGAAGCACGGGGCGCAGGAGGGGCCCCUCGGGCAGCCGCCCCGCCCCACCGGAACAGCCUCCUUCCCGCGCCAGCCCUCGGAAAACCUGGGCUUUGCUCUGAUGAGGGAGAGAGCAGCCGUGAGGGUAUGUGGAGAUCAGCCCUCCAAUUCCGCAAGGACUCAGCAGAAAGCCCGAGUCGAGGUCCUCCUGUGGUAACGGAGCGAGAGUGUGGAUGCUCGAGAUGCUGUUGAAACGAGACAGCAGGAUCUUACAGGUGAACAAGGUGAUGUCCAUCUUGUUUUAUGUGAUAUUUCUCGCUUAUCUCCGUGGCAUCCAAGGGAACAGCAUGGAUCAAAGGAGUUUGCCGGAAGACUCGCUCAAUUCCCUGAUCAUCAAGCUGAUCCAGGCCGAUAUUUUGAAAAACAAGCUCUCCAAGCAGAUGGUGGACGUGAAGGAAAGCUACCAGAGCACGCUGCCCAAAGCAGAGGGCCCCCGAGCGCCGGGGCGGGGAGAGCCCGCCAAGUCGGAGUUCCAGCCGGUGGCGGCCGUGGGCCCCGACCUGCUGCGACAUCAGAGACGCUACAGCUCCCCCCGGGUCCUGCUGAGCGACAGCACGCCCCUGCAGCCCCCGCCCCUGUACCUCAUGGAGGAUUACGUGGGCAGCCCCGUGGUGGCCAACCGAACGGCGCGGCGGAAGAGGUACGCGGAGCACAAGAGUCACCGGGGGGAGUACUCCGUGUGUGACAGCGAGAGCCUCUGGGUGACCGACAAGUCGUCAGCCAUCGACAUCCGGGGACACCAGGUCACGGUGCUGGGGGAGAUCAAAACGGGCAACUCCCCCGUCAAACAGUAUUUUUACGAGACCAGAUGUAAGGAGGCCAGGCCCGUCAAGAACGGUUGCAGGGGAAUUGACGAUAAACACUGGAACUCUCAGUGCAAAACGUCCCAGACCUACGUCCGGGCGCUGACGUCGGAAAACAACAAACUGGUCGGCUGGCGAUGGAUACGGAUUGACACGUCCUGUGUGUGUGCCUUGUCGAGAAAAAUCGGAAGAACAUGAAUUGGCAUCUCUCCUCGUAUAUAAAUUAUUACCUUAAAUUAUAUGAUAUGCAUGUGGCAUAUAAAUGUUUCUAUUGUUUUUAUAUAUUAUAAGUUGACCCUUAUUUAUUAAACUUCAGCCACCCCACCGUAUAUAAGCUUUUUUCUCAAUAAAAUCAGUGUGCUUGCCCUCCCUCAGGCCUCUCCCAUCUGUUAAACCUGAUUCUGUAAACCCGGCUCCCAGGAGCCGCCCUGUAAAAUCUGUGUACACCAGUAUUGUCAAGGCCGUGACUGUCGUUUUUAGUAAACUUGUUGAAAUCGGC